AUGUGGAAUAGUAAUUAUCCAGGAAAUUUCCCCGGUAACAAUCAGCCUCCUCAGCAAAACUGGGGAAGCCCUCCUCCGCCAUCUGGUGGCUUUGGAUUCCCUGGCGGCCCAUCGCCCGCACCUGGAUAUGGUGCACCAGGGGGAUAUGGAGCGCCCAGCGGUCCUCCACCGCCUGGUAGUGGUGGAUAUUUCCCUCCAGGAGCCCCUCCUAUGCAGGGAUAUGCACCCAGUCCAUCCGGAUAUCCAGGUGGCCCAUCGCCUUCUGGAUAUGGGCCUCCGGGAGGCGGCUAUCCUGCUCCAGGAGGUGCUCCUGGUGGAGGCUCCUCCACUUAUUCGUGGAACCCACGGGAUGGGCCUGCGCCAGGAUAUCAGCCGCCUCCGUCUGGAUACAUGAACGCACCACCACCAACUGUCGGCGGUCAAGCCGCAUCACCCGGUGGUCAAUGGGUGGGCGAUCAUUCAGGUGGCGCGUUUUACAGUGCGCCUAUGGGUAAUCCACAUAUGCCACCUGCGACGCCGCAAUAUGGACCUCAAUACGGCCAGAACACACGCCAACAACAGUACCAAUAUUCGCAGUGCACGGGUCGCAAAAAGGCGUUGUGUAUUGGCAUCAACUACGAAGGAACGAGUGGCGAACUUCGAGGGUGCAUUAAUGAUGCAAAGAACAUGAAGCAGUUCCUGAUCCGUCGAUUUGGGUUUAAGGCAGAAGAUAUCGUGAUGCUUCUUGACGACGCAACGCAUCACAGACAGCUCCCUACCCGUGCGAAUAUCAUUCAAGCUAUGCAAUGGCUCGUCAGAGAUGCGCGUCCCAACGACUCCCUCUGGUUCCACUACUCUGGACACGGUGGACAAACCAAAGACCACGAUGGCGACGAGGGCGAUGGCUAUGACGAGGUCAUAUAUCCUAUGGACCAUGAAACGGCUGGGCAUCUCGUCGAUGAUGACAUGCACGAAAUCAUGGUUCGCCCUCUACCGAUCGGGUGUAGGCUGACGGCUAUCUUCGAUUCCUGUCACUCGGGCUCGGUCCUUGACCUUCCAUACAUCUAUUCCACUGAAGGUAAAAUCAAGGAACCCAACCAGGCCUUGGAGGUCGGCAAGGGCGCCAUGUCUGCCAUACAGGCGUAUGCCAAGAAGGACAUGGGUGGCGUGCUCAAGGCAGGCAUGGAUAUCUUCAAGGUUGCAUCAGGUAGUCAGACGAAAGCUACCAAGAAAGCUAGGGAGGCUAAAGGAAGCGAAGCCGACGUGAUCUCAUGGAGUGGUUGCAAGGACUCGCAAACGAGUGCGGAUGCCGUCGAAGCGGGUAAAGCAACCGGGGCAAUGUCCUACGCAUUCAUCACUUCGAUGGACGCUCAACCCAACCAGACGUACCAACAACUACUGGUUUCUAUUCGGGAGAUUUUGCGCUCAAAAUACUCACAGAAACCGCAGCUCUCCGCUUCUCAUCCGAUGGAUACAUCUAUUCUGUUCAUCGCCUAA